AUGGCAAAUACGACCGACACCGAGCAGCAGGAAACACAUAUCUCGGGACAGCUGGACGCUUUUUCGCACGACAGCGCGACGACGCCCAGCUUGGCCGAUCCAAAGGAUUUGCUCAGGCGAAUCAAGGGCUACCUUCGAGAAACCACCAAGGUGAACUCGGUCACGCGCGGACUUGAAAAUUGUCUGGACGAUGAUGUCUACUUGAUCAGCGAAAGCGAAGUGCCUGGCCUCCUCUGCCAUCUCUCGGACCCAGCUGAGCAACUCAGGAAGCAAGUUCAUGUGGUGGCUUUCUCAGAUUCUCCUGGCUCGUCGUCGAAGCCACCCUCUCGAGUUCUCAGGCCCUUGCGUUCCGUUCCCGCAACCGCAGCAGAUCCUGCCACGACAAUCGCCAGCUCGCAAGCAGUGAUGACUAAAGGGGCUGGCGAUCCAGACGAAGAGGAGAUUGCGAAGAAGACGAGCGCAACAAAAGCAACCAUCGUCUCGCGGAACAGCGUCACAGAAAUCACCUGGCAUCCAAGCCCUGGAAAUCUGCAGGGAAAGGAUGUGACGACGACGGAGGGUUGCAGAUCGAUCGGUGAGAUGGCAAGAACCUUGUGGGACGGCCACACAGAGCUUGUCAAUGGGUACGACGACCGGCGAGAAGCAGAGGGGACAAAACGGCGGCCGUCAGUCCUGGCCAGGGUGCACCAAAAGAGUGUCCAAUUCGGCCAGGUCGUUAGCUCAUAUCUUAACGGAGCGUAUCUAAACACGGACUAUCGCCCUAGGCGACCGUCAAAUAUUGUUCGCAUGAAAGCCAUGCUGGAUCGAAAGCCACCGAGGGCCAAGGAAGAUGCAGCUAUCUUCUCGGCCCUGACAGGUGCAAAGCCGCUUCAGCACGACGACUAG